AUGGCACACGAGGACAGAGCCGCUCCGCCAGUACGGGAAAAAUGUUCUCCUACUGUCGAUCGUCUACGGCUUCCAGCUGAUGAAUGUGUCGAGCUUUUUAAGCCUGUUCAAGAUUUUCGACAGUUUGUCGAGAUAUACAUCAAAGAAAACAAUUGCUAUGGUCUAAAUGGAUAUAACGACCGUGUGUCGUUCGUCCCACGGCCUGUACUUGACAGAUACUGGACACUAGAGAGAAUCGAUCAUGUUCUAUGGAGCCCUAGCGAUAGGAUUAAAACGACUAGCUCUAACAUCAAGCAGGCCUAUUUGCUCACCUUCUCUAUACUUGUCUUUAUGGCUCGACCUGAGGGUAUAACUACGUUCAUUGGAGGAGAAUGUAGCGACGUCGCCCUACCACUACAUACGAUACCUACGUGGGCCUCCGAAUCGAGCGAAAGAGAGGUUUUUGAGGUAUUUGAAAAGGAACAAUGGAGAUUUUGCCCUCUGACUCUCAACAUGGAGACCGAUCCCAAGCCCUUAAGGAGACAACUUUCACCAUAUCAUAUUAUUCCAAUUCUGGAAAAGAACGAUAUCGACAAAUCCGCUAGCGGGGGAGACGAAGCGAAUAUUUACAAGGUGAAACUGCAUCACGAGUGCUCUAGUCAAGACGAUGUCAUUUUCAAGAUUUACACAAACGACGGUGCCGACGCUUGGCGGCAUUAUGAUAACGAGGUCGACAUGUACUCGAAUCUCGACCCCUUAGGUCCAAUCGACAACAUCAUGAGGUAUUACGGUUCAUAUGAGAGCGCGGGCCUAUGCACCAUAAUCCUAGAGUACGCCAACGGUGGCACUCUCGAGUCUUUCUUUGAGAACUACCCUCCUCCGAACAGCCAGACAGGUCGCGAACUUUUCUGGGCCAGUUUGAUGAAUCUUUUGGUUGGAUUGGAACACAUACACAAUCUUACGGUCAGGAAAUAUGGUUCCAAGGGGGAAGUCAUCCUCAAAGGGACAUAUCAAGACAUCCGACCAAAAAACAUACUUGUUUGUAAACAACCGGACAAAGCUAUGUAUGAUGUCACUUUUAAGUUUGUAGACAUGGGAACAGGCCAUAUUCGACGCACGAAACACCAAGGCUUUGAGCGAGUUGCUGUGGAUCAGUUAGGCAACGGAAUGUACAGUGCUCCGGAAGCGUUUCGAGACAAUGGCGAUGCAAGGGGCAUUUGUGCGGAGAGUGACAUUUGGUCUCUGGGCGGUAUAGCAAGCGAAGCUUUGGUAUGGUCUGUCUGGGGAGAACAUGGGAGAUCCAAAUAUCAGCAAGAACGUGUUGCAGCAACUCGAGAAACGCACUUGAAAGGAGGAUUUCAUGAAGGAGCCUUCCACGACGGGGACUGUCUUUUGGACAUUGUUGAGAGUUGGCACAAGAGAACCGUCGAUUCUGCCAACGAAGCAAGAGAUUGGUACUCAAAAUUGAGCCGGAUCAUUUUCGAUCAUAUGCUUGUGCCUGAACAAAAGAAGAGAGCUGACGCAUCAACGCUUCGACAGAUUUGGAGUCAGGUUUUAACUUGUGGGCCGGCUCAAAAUUCGGCUGUGCCCGACGGGAUUUCUAACCGAUCCACAAGUAUGCAAUUCACAGAAGAUGUUGCAAGCCUAUCGGAGGGUACUUUAGCGUUUCAUUUUCGGCAGGAUAAACAAAUCACGGACGCUGACCACAACAAGAAGCUGGAGACUGCGCUACGAACGGUUGACGAGGAAGCAGCUGCAGAAAGCCUCAAAUCUUCCCCUGUCAGUCAUGGUCAAAGCCCAAACCUCGGCCUCUUUCCCCAGAAUCCUAAAGACAGGUUCGAGUUGAGCGGUGUCAAGUCGUAUUUGGACAGCCCUCCGAACAGCCUCUUUGCAUGGCGCCGUCGUUCUAGUCAAGCUGAACCCACCGGAUCAAGAAGUGACCCAUGGGGACUCACUGAUGGCGGUGUGAAAGAUUCAACUGCAAUGGAGCGAUCAGUUUCGGAUACCGGCAGAAUAAUGCUGUCUUUGCCCGCAGCUAGAGGGGAAUCGGAUAAAGUAAGCGUCAUGUCGGGAGCAACUGCCGUUGCAGAAGAGGGGAUACGUGGAAUACCACCCCUAGAUCCCCAUGUCAUCGAAGCCGAGAGCAUUUUCCCACCCGGAUUACAGCUUUUUCAGCAGCGACAACUUGAAAGCCCGUAUUCGAUGCAAUUUACACAACCGUAUGCCUUCUCUCGUAGUCACAGGGCAUCACAGGUAUCGCCCAGGAGCCACCAUCCCCCCCCAAAUGUCCUGGACUAUGCAUAUACACAAGCAAAGAAGCUGAUAACCAUGGAAAUGGUGUGGACAACCUGUUUGGCUACGAAAGAGAGAAGAGCUACGUCUUGGUUCAGUCGUAGAACUUCUUCAUGGUCCCUCUUCAAUGCUUUCCCAGAGUUGAAAGCGCCUAUCAGUAGAUUGAAAGGGAAUGAUGGCCGAGACCAGAUUUUCCUUGUGGAUGACUCAAAAUCCAUGAUCUGGCACCGGCCAACUGUGGCAAAGGCUUGCCGAGUCCUCAGUUAUGUACUCAAACUGGGCCGUGUGGAUCCAGAUGCAACCUUUGAGCUAUACUUUACUUCAUCAAAGAAACCCGAGAGUUCGACGAGGAGCUCUGAUCUCCAGAGGGCUAUCGAGACUAGUGUGUUUUCCGAUGACCAGUGUGACAUGGCAUCCAGCCUGGAUCUUUUGGUCUCCCGAGUGAUUAAGAACCCCAAACCCGUCAGUAUAUACGUCCUGACAAACGGUCAUUGGAAUCUUGAUUCGAACGACCGUUUUUGUGGCGUUGACCGCCCCAUUAGGCGGCUCGUACAGUAUAUUGCGCAACGCAAUAUGCAGCGGAACUGGGCUGGAGUCCAGUUCGUCCGUUUUUAUGACCAGCAAACGCCUUCACAGGAUGACGAAACUGGUAAAAAAAGAUUGAAGGCGUUGGAUGACGAGUUAAAAGCAAUAAUCAGCGAUGACAUCGUUGAUACGGUGGAUUUCAUGGAUGACGUACGCAAAAUUUUAAUUGGUGCCAUUUCCCCUGACAUAGACAAUUCUCCAUGA